AAGAGCAGCACACAGAAAGCGAAUAUCAGAGAGUCGUGUUGGAUUCAUUCGUAUCGCUGAUCGUGGUCACGAAGAACGAUAAAGAUGGCAAAUAAUGUGACGGGAAUCUUUCUUCGAAAAGAAGUCGAGGAACUGCGUAAAAAAGGCGAAGACUGGGGUCUCAGCAAAGAACAAAUUGACGAAGCGAUUCUUCGAGCACUCGGAGAAAGAUCUUCCUCAGAUUCUAAGAAUGGAGGCAAAACCAAGGCAAAGAAACGCAGUUGUUUCAGUGUCUGUUUAAAGGUUACAGUGUUCGUGAUGCUGUUGCCCAUUUUUCUCUACACUGCACUUACAGUGAUUUCUGUAACAAACUCAUCCUUUGCACUGUACAUUGGGCAAUUGACUGCUGAUUACCAGUAUCCACUGCAACGUAUGAUUCGUUUCGUGGUGUUACCCCUGCAUCAGUUCUAUGACUUUACAAAACUGGGUGCUUGGGACUGCAUGGUUGACAACCCUUUGUAUGUUCCAGAAAAACCUGAUUGUGUACUAUGCAGUGAUGUGAAGACAAUUGCCAGCCGAGCCAGUGCAAAUCUGACCAAAGCUGCCUUCAAGAAGCGAUUUUAUGAUACUGCGUCACCUGUUGUGGUGAGGGACAUGCCUGGUUAUGGUGAUACUGAGCACAGUUUUGAAAAAUUCAUGGAAUUUUAUCAUACCCAUCAAGCAGCUCUGGAGGAGGAUACAUGCGAGUUCAGGAAAAAUGGAGUUAAUAAUGAAUCACUCCAAAAUAUAGCAGAAUUUCUUGGGAACUGGAAACAUUACCAGCCCAAUGGAGAAAUAAUAGGGUGGAAAGUUUGCUAUGGACAGGGCUUAAGAUUGUUACGAUCCAUGUUUCCUCGCCCUUACUGUAUCCAUAGUGAAGGUGCUUUGGACAAAUGGGUGUAUCUCUUACAACCAGCCCAUGAAAUAACAGAAAGUUCCACUCAGCCAAUGAUAAUGACAGAGGUGGCACAAGGCACGUUUGACAAUGUGUGGAUGGCCCAAGUCACUGGUUCAGCACAUGUGGUUCUUGAGCCAGUCGAGGACUGUGAAGACAAGUGUGAGAAGUUUGAGUUUACACUGAAGCAAGGAGAUGUCUUUUUCUUCUCCCAGCAUACUUGGGUGGUCAAUUUUCAGAAUCAAGGGAAGGAACCUGCGAUGAUCUUCACCUCUUCAUUUGCAUGAAAUAAUGCCUGACGUAAUGCUCGUGUGUUGGUGAAACAAGUGAUAUGUUCAGUGAGAAUAGCUACGGUUAAAAUAAAGAAAUGAAAAUUU